AUGAAAAAUGGAGAAAUGAAAGAAAUAAAAGUUCGUGGAGAGAAGGACACCGUUUUGUUAGUCCAUGUGAAUAACAAGUACUACUGCUUAGGUCCAAAGUGCCCUCACUAUAGUGCACCAUUGAAGACAGGAGUGUUGACAAAGGAUUAUGUAACCUGUCCUUGGCACGAUGCAAAGUUCGAUUUGAAAACAGGAGAGUGUAUGAACGGUCCUUCCUUCGAUGAUAUCCCAAGGUAUGAAGUAGUUGUUGAGGGAAAUGAUAUAUAUGCUUACUUACCAGAAAAAAUGGAACUAUUUCAGAAAAAAAAAGUAUGUCCAUGUUCAGGCAAAUGUGAAAAGAAGACCAUACUGAUAGCGGGUGGGGGAGCGGCAACCUUGGGAGCUUUGGAGACCUUCUUAAAGAUGGGGUACACAGGUAGGUUAGUCAUAUGUAGUAAGGACUCGUACAAGCCGUAUGACCGCCCUACGUUGUCUAAGAGCAUUUCGAAGUACGACUCGGCGGAGGAGCUGUACGAGGGGAUCAAACUGAAAGAGGACGAGUAUUACCAGCGGGGAAAUAUCAGCUAUUUGCACAACGUAUCCGUGGAGAGGGUGGACGUGGAGGAAAGGAAGGCGCACCUGAGCAACGGGGAGGUGAUUCAGUACGACAAGCUGUUGGUGACCACGGGGGUGCGCCCCUCCCCCUCGCCCCUGGGGGGAAGCGGCGGGAGUGGCGGCGGAAGUGGAGGUAGCGGCGGGAGUGGAGGUAGCGGCGGAAGUGGGGGUAGCAGCGGAGGUAGCGGCGUUGGUGGCGGCGCCGUGGAGGCGGACAACCUGCUGACGCUGCAGAGCCUGGAGGACCACGUGAAAAUCGCCUCGUACGCGAAGGAGGGAAGCAAAUGCGCCAUCAUCGGGUCCUCCUUCAUCGCCUGCGAACUCUCCUCCGCUCUGAAAAAAAAAAACGUAAACAUAACGAUGGUGUCCAAGGAUACCGUCCCCUUCUACAGAGCAUUUGGAGAUAAAAUCGGAUCAGUUGUGUUAGACAUUCUGAAGGACCAAAAAGUUACGUUUUAUGGAGGGGUCCACCCAACAGAGUAUAUCAUAGACAGAGGGGGAGGGUUCCUGAAGAAGGUGAAGUCUAUUCAUGGGGUUAGGUUAAGCAAUGGGGAGGUGAUCAGCUGUGAUUAUGUCGUGGAAGCGUUGGGUUGUUUGCCCAACUCGGAGUUCCUCCAUGAUAAAUUUAAAAAUGAGAGGAAGGAAGUUAUUGUGGAUAAGUACUUUCAAGUGAAGGGUUCCUCGGAUGUGUUUGCUGCAGGAGAUGUAUGUUCCUUUCCGUAUUUCGUCACAGGUGAAAUGAUAAACGUGUGUCAUUGGAACGUAGCCAUACAACAGGGACGAAUCGCAGCACAUAACAUGCUUAGUGAUGAAAAGAAGGAGUUUAAUUUCAUUCCUUUUUUUAACACUAAUAUAUUUGGGAAAAAUUUUCGCUACUCUGGAUUCGUGAAGGAGGCUGAGAAGGUCAUAUACGAGGGUGACUUGCGCAAGUUGAAUUUUGUGGCAUAUUUUGUUAAGGGGGACAAGGUAGCUUCCAUCCUGACUCUGGGUAAUGCUAAGAUGGCUGCUCUGAAUGAGUGCCUCUCGAAAGGCAGGGUGCCGAAGGUCUACGAGUUGGAGGGCGGCCUCCAGAACAGCGACAGCAUGAUCGCGUCGAUGAGGGAAGCGCUUGAGAAGAAUCGAAUCACAAUGUCGUAUGCGUUUUGCCCUGUGUACCACGUGAACAUUAACCAACCGCAGAAGGAAGAUUUGCUUCGAUUCGAAACGUCAGCCGUCGACAGUUAUAAGCAUUACAAGGAAAUUGAGACACGCUCGCGGAUCCGCAUCAGCCUGGUGAUCACCCUCAUCUCGCUGCUGGCGUUCGUCACGUGGCAGUUCCGAGAGGACAGGACGGUAGUGGACACGAUAAACAACAUCCCCCUGAUGUUGUUCGUCUGUCUCUUUUUCUUCCUCAUCAUAAAGCAUUACUAUAAGAGUCUGUUUAAGUCGAAGGGAUACAUAAAGAGUCUGAACAAGACACUGAAGGGGUUCAACCUAUACCUGGACAAUAAAAGCCUAAAGCUGUGCGUUAUCGGCAGCUUCCCGAAGGAGUAG